AUGGCGGAAGAAAAAGCGCCCGAGGUCGUUGACUACACUCUUAACAACCCCGAUACUCUGACCAAGUACAAGACUGCUGCUCAGAUUUCCCACAAGGUUCUCGAGGCCGUUCGCCCUCUCUGCAUUGAGGGUGAGAAGAUUGUCGAGAUCUGCCAGAAGGGUGACAAGCUUCUUGAUGAGGAAAUCGCCAAGGUCUACAAGGGCAAGAAGAUCGCCAAGGGUAUCGCUAGCCCUACCACCAUCUCUCCCAGCUCAUAUGUGACCCCCUACACCCCUCUGGUCUCCGAUGCCGCCGAGGCCGAGACCGUCCUGAAGGCCGGCGAGAUCGUCAAGAUCCAGCUGGGUGCUCAGAUCGAUGGUUUCGGUACCAUCGUCUGCGACAUGGUCGUUGCUUCCAAGAAGGACGCCGCCAAGGAGCCCAUCACCGGCCCCGAGGCCGACCUGGUCGUCGCCACCCACUACGCCAAUGAGCUCCUACUCCGCCUCAUGGUUCCCCCCGGCCUGCUUGCCCAGGGUACCGACGAGGAGAAGAAGAAGGCCGCUGCCCAGCGUGCUCCCACCCAGGCCCAGAUGUCCACUCUUCUGGAGAAGGUCGCCAAGGCCUACGGCUGCAACGUCAUUGAGAACACUACCUCCUGGUUGUUCGACCGCAACGAGAUCGAGGGCUCCAAGAAGAUCAUCCUGUCCCCCGGCGACGGUGUUCGUGGUGACGGUACCCCCGAGGUCGGUGAGGUUUGGGGUGUUGAGGUUGGCCUCUCUCUGGGCAACGGUAAGGUCAAGAACCUGGACCACCGUGCAACCCUCCACCGCCGUACCACCACCACCUACGGCCUGAAGCGCCCCAGCUCCCGCCAGACCCUCUCCGAGAUCGUCAAGAAGUUCGGUACCUUCCCCUUCAGCUUGCGCCAGCUCGAGGACGAGAAGUCCGCCAAGGUCGGUGUUGUUGAGUGUGUUCGCAGCGGUGUCGUCCGCCAGUACGAGCCCGCCGGCUCUGCUGACAACACCCCCCCCAUCACCAAGAACGGUCUCACCAAGCUUGCCGCCCCCAACGCCGUCGACCUGGAGCUGUACAAGAGCGACAAGAAGAUCGAGGAUGAGGAGAUCCUCAAGAUCCUCGAGCAGCCCCUUGCCCGUUCGACCGGUAACAAGAAGAACAAGAGCAAGAAGAAGAAGACCACCGGUGGUGAAGAGUAA